UAUCCAAAAAUAUGACAGGUUCUGGGGAAGAACCUGCUGGAGAACCAUCAAAUUCCCAAAAUAGAUCGGAAAGGCAUGGACAGUACCAAAGACAUUCUAUGGAACAAAUCCAAAGACUCGAAGCAUUCUUCAAGAAAUGUCCGCAUCCAGAUGAGGAUCAACAAAAGCAAUUGGGUAGGGAAGCAGGGCUUGACCAUAAGCAGGUCAAGUUUUGGUUCCAAAACAAAAGGACUCAAACGAAGACUCAAAAUGAGAGAUCCAUUAACAAUGCUCUUCGAAAAGAAAAAGAAAGAUUUCUUUGUGAAAACAAGGCAAUGAAAGAGGCAAUGAAGAAUAUUAUGUGCCCAAAAUGUGAUGGACUGCCCAUUGGAAAAGAAGAAAGGGAACGUAAUUUAGAAAAUAUGAAAACGGAAAAUCAAUGGUUGACACAACAGUAUGAAAAAGUAUCAAAUCUCAUCUCACAUGUUGUUGGAAGGCCUUUUGUGAUGGAUUCAAAUUUGGCACCACAAAAAUCGACUCUUAGAUCAACUUCAAAUUCAUCUGAUGGAACUUUAUUGAACCAAGAGAUAUGUGGCUCUCUCAUUAGAUAUCCUCCUCUUCGUCAAGAAAACAAUCAUAAUAAUAAUAAUGUUCAUACACAUUCAAUAAUGUCUCCAUCACCACAGGAACAUGAUGAAUAUCAUCAUGAUAGCAGGCAACAAAAGAUUUUGUUUGAGACUGCUGUUGCUUCUAUGAAUGAAAUGGUUAAACUUUGGGAAAUGAAUGAUCCAUUUUGGGUAGAUUCGUCAAGUGAUAGGAGAUGUUUUAUUCAUCGUGAGAUUUAUGGAAGAAAAUUUUCAAAUCAAGUUCUACCUUACCAAACAUCAAUGGGUCGAAUUGAAUCAUCAAAGGAUUUUGGAAUUGUGUCAAUGACUGCAAUUGAGUUGAUCCAUAAUUUUCUUGAUCCAGUCAAAUGGAUGAACUUGUUUCCUACUAUAGUCACAGCAGCUAAGACUAUUGAAGUUCUUGAUUCUGGUACUUGGGGAGGCUCUAUACAAUUGAUGUAUGAAAAGUUGCAUAUUUUAUCUCCUCUAGUUGAAGCUAGAGAAUUUCUCUUCAUACGUUGUUGUAGACAACUUGAUGCAACAACAUGGAUCAUGGUGGAUAUUUCAUAUGAUAUAUUCAAUGAGAUUCAGAGUGGUGUACCUUGUUAUUCUUGGAAGUUCCCAUCUGGUUGUGUAAUUCAAGAUAUGGGCAAUGGCCAAAGUAAGGUUACUUGGGUGGAACAUGUUCAAGUAUAUGAAAAAUAUCAGGUUAAUAGUAUCUUUAGAGAUUUAUUGUGUGAUCGUGAAGCAUACGGAGCUAAAAGAUGGAUUGUUACACUUCAAAGGAUGUGUGAGAGAUGUAAUUUUUCAAUGGGUUCAACAUACCCUACUAGGCAUGAUUUCAAAGGAGUGUUUCAUGAUCCAGAAGGGGUGAAAAAUACGAUACAAGUAUCUCAAAGGAUGGUGAAGAGUUUUUUUGAAAUUCUAAGCAUGACAGACUACGAUGGAGAUUUUCCAACUUCAUCACAGGUAAACCGUGUAGAUAGGAUUUCAGUAAGAGAAAGUGAAGAAAUUAUCGAACCAAAAGGCUUUAUUGCUAUUGCCACUGCUUCUCUAUGGCUUCCUCUUUCAUUCCAAGAUGUCUUCAAUUUCUUCAAAGAUGACAAGACAAGAAAUCAGUGGGAUGUUUUGACCGGUGAAAAUAAUGUGUUUGAGUUAGAUCGAGUACCUACAGGAACUUUUUCGGGAAACAACAUUACAAUUAUUCAGCCUUAUAAUAUGCAUAAGGAAAUGUUAGUGCUUGAAGAGACGAGUAUUGAUGAAAUGGGAGCAUUUUUAGUCUAUGCACCCAUAGAGAUACGAGCAAUCACUUCAAUUGUCAAUGGAGUUGAUGCAACAAAAGUUCCCAUUUUGCCUUCUGGUAUCAUCAUAAGUCCCGAUGGACGGCUCUCCUCGAAUAGCGACGGCACUGCAAAUGCACAAAAUGGUUCAAUUUUGACAGUGGCUUUUCAAAUAUUGAUUUGUGGUGAUAAUCCAACCUCCAAGCAGCAACAAUUCGAUGUAGUGGCUUCUGUUCAUGGCGUUUUAGGCGCCACAAUUUUAAAAAUCAAAGAAGCAUUGGGUUGCUCUGAUUUGUGAUGGUUUAAUUUCAUGUUGUUUGUUUAUUUGUUUGUUUUGAAGAUUUCAAGACUAAGACAAUUGAUUGUUUUGAAGGAUGAUGUGUUCCCUUCUUUGUGACUUCUAAAAUCUCAAGACUGUGAGAUAUGUGUUGCUACAAUUAUCUUUUAUAUUGAUACACUUAUUUGA